AUGACGCUAUUCAUGGCUGCCAGUCUCAAUGACUGUGAGAUGUCUGUGCCGUACCAGUUCGUAGCAAACGACAGCCGUGCCGACUCCGCUGGUUGUCUGGCUUUGGGCUUUCCAGAGUCCACGAGCAGCCUUCGUUUUACUCACAUCCAGGUAUAUUUUGACUUGCGGAUCGGGGACGAAGACGUGGGCCGAGUCGUCAUUGGCCUUUUUGGAAAGACGGUUCCCAAAACGGUGGAGAAUUUCGUUGCCUUGUCUACAGGAGAGAAAGGGUUCGGUUACAAAGGGAGCAAAUUUCACCGCGUGAUCAAGGACUUCAUGAUCCAGGGAGGCGAUUUCACACGAGGAGAUGGAACAGGAGGCAAAAGCAUCUACGGUGACCGGUUCCCGGACGAGAACUUCAAGCUGAAGCACUACGGGCCCGGGUGGGUGAGCAUGGCCAACGCCGGCAAGGACACAAACGGCUCUCAGUUCUUCAUCACCACCGUCAAGACGUCGUGGCUCGACGGCAAGCACGUCGUCUUUGGCAAAGUCCUGGAAGGGAUGGACGUCGUGCGGAAGGUCGAGAACACGAAGACGGACAGUCGGGAUAAACCCCUGAAGGAUGUCGUCAUUGUCGACUGCAACACCAUCGAGGUGGAGAAACCGUUUGCCAUCGCCAAAGAGUAGCUCGCGGCUGCAGAAAGGGCCAGGGGAGAAGACUCUGGCUUGCCAAAGGGCUGGGGGGCCCCACACUCAAUGCUGAGGCCUCAUUACCAUCCGACAUCCGGCGGGUGCCGGCGGUUCGCCACCUCCGCCGUGGCCAGCUUUCCUCGGCCGGUUCAAUGGUGAUGGUUCUCUCCAUUUCUGUAACAACAGUUCAUUCCAUCAGUCCCUCCG